CAUGAGCUAUCAGGUUAUCUUUGUCGUUACCUUCGUGCUAGCUGCAGCUAUUGCCUUUCCCCGCCACGGCUACCACGACCACGGACACGAGCAUCUAGAGGACCACGACUACGGACACGAGCAUGUGAAGGACCAUGACCACGGGUUCCACGUGGAGUACAAGGAGGACUACUACGACCCUCACCCCAAGUACAAGUUCGAGUACGGCGUCCAUGACAGCCACACCGGCGACAUCAAGAGCCACAGGGAGGAGCGCGACGGGGAUGUGGUGCACGGCAGCUACGAGCUGGUGGAGGCGGACGGUUCAAAGCGCGUCGUCCACUACACAGCUGACCACCACACUGGCUUUAACGCCGUCGUCCACCGGGAACACAACGUCCAUCCUCAACAUUACCAUCAUCAUCAUGAGGAACAUGCUCCAGCACAUCACUUUUACUCUCAUCACUAUUGAAAUAUAAUAGUGCUGUUGAAAUAAAAGUUCAUUUUGUUUU